AUGGAAUGUUCAUUUGGUAUCACUGGCAAGGAUUUUGUAAUCUUUGCCUCCGACUCUUGUGCGAAUCGUAGUAUCGUCAAGAUGAAAGCAGGAGAGGAUAAGCAAAAAGUAGUUUCUAAACACGUAGUGAUGGCUUACUCUGGAGAGCCUGGUGAUACGGUCCAAUUUGCUGAAUACGUCGAACGUAACUUACGACUUUAUGGUAUCAGAAAUCACGUAGAGCUUUUACCCCAUGAGGCUGCAUCUUGGACUCGUAAUCAACUUGCCACUUCACUUAGGUCUCGUAAACCUUAUUCAGUCAACAUGUUACUCGGUGGUUACGACACAGCACGAUCAGUACCAAUGCUUUAUUGGAUCGACUAUUUGGGUACGAUGGCUGAAGUACCCUAUGCGGCACAUGGAUAUGGUGCCUAUUUCUGUUUGAGUACGAUGGAUAGAUUUCAUAGCCCAGACAUGAACCUUGAAGAAGGUCUUGCACUUCUCAAGCGAUGCAUUGAUGAACUCAACACUCGAUUCAUUGCUAAUCUUGGAACAUUCAAGAUCAGGGUGGCUGAUAAGGAGGGUGUUCGGGAAGUAACUCUGUAA